CAUGAAAAAGCGCGGGAAAAUAGAAGCUUAACUAAAAUUAGGGCUUCUUUUGCUACUCAUUACCAAAUCAACUGAGCUAUGGAGAGAAACACCGGCGGAAUUUCAGGCACAAUUGAUUUAAACGGCAAUCUGCCGCCGGGGAAUGUCGUGGAUCUCACCGGGAAAGUGCACCAGCUGCCAUGCUGUAUUAAGUUCAAUGGUCCAUCUGAUGUUUCACAGUACUUCAAACCAAAACCCACUGGUGUAAUUGUUGACGGGUUAAAUGUGGAGGAAGCUCAUUUUAGAGGAAGGAAGCUUCAGGGAACGACUGUUGCAAUUCCUCAUGGCUACUCUGGGUUUGUCUUGGGAAAGAAAAUGCCCGAUGAGAAAAGAAAAAGGUCUGUGGAAGAUUCAAGUUGCUGGGAGAUGAAGGCGAAGUUCCAAAACAUAACAUCGUGGAAUCAUGAUUCUCUUCCCUCAGAAAAUGAUGCUUUCUUGCGUGCCUUCCACCUAUUUUCUGUUACAACAGCACUGCACCAACCAAUCAGUGUUGAAGACCUGGAAGCUGCAUCAAUUGAUCAAGAAUUAGAGUUAUGAAUUGAUCAAGAUGCUGAGAUAAGUAGAUUACGUCCACAAGGAGCAGUACAUUUCGAGCUCGUUUAUGCUCUUUGCCAGUUUUUCAUUAUAUAUCUAUUCAAUCAGGAUUCUGUUUAUCCUUCAUCUAAUAUCUAUAAGCGAGAACAUAUUAAACACAUGUAUUUCUGAUAGCUCAAAAAAUUCCCUUCGUUUCUGUAAGUCUGCAUUCUCGAGGUAUAGUCAUAGAUUUAUACCUAGUUUUAUGUGACAUCCUUGGAAGUAAUGCGUUUACUACAUUGUCACA